ACACCGGAUCGAGAGCGGGCGCCCCGAUGGUGAGCCGAGCUGGUGCGCCCGGACUGGAAAUCCACCACACAUCGAACGCGGAGUCGGAAAAGAGCGUCGUCGGCCGGUCAGUGUUUGUAUACACAACAAUCGAAACGCGAGCAGUGCGAGUCCGGUGCGCGUGUUGAAUCUGUGACCACCCCGGAAGAAUAUGUUGGGGUACUACCUCGUUCUGCUGGUAGUCUGUUCAAUAUUCAUACCGAGACGAACAGCAUGGGAGACUCCUUCACCGCACCAAUAUCACAUUCAAACCGACGAAGGUCCCGAACGAUAUUUCCGAUAUCAAACAGAUAGUGGUCAAUAUCGAAAAGAAAAACGACUCGAAGAUGGCACAGUUGUUGGUACAUACGCAUGGAUUGAUGCCGACGGUGUAUUAAGACAGCGCGAUUACAUCGCAGAUAACGCGGGCUAUAGGAUACUCAAGAACAAAAAUGUAUUUGUCGGAAGGAACAUCAACGUCGGCGAUGCUGUGAAAACCGCCAAAAAAUAUCCAGCCGAUUCCGGAACUUUAGUGAAUUCAAGACCAGUUCUAAAUGUCCCAUACAAUGCACAUCCCUCCUAUAAUUACCUACCAAGUAGUACUCCAUCACCUAUACCAAGCUAUAGUUACAUACCAAGUAGUACCCCUUCGCCUUUACCAAGUUACAGUUACAUCCCCAGUACCACUGCUUCACCUCUAGCACAAAACACUCCUAUAUCAAGCUACCUUCCCAGCACAACCGCAUCACCCGCUGCAUCUUACCUUCCCAGUACCACUCCUACAAUCCCUUCGAGUACUUACUUGCCUAGCAGUUCGCCAUACCCCACGUCAAGCACAGUUUCUCCGCUGGUGGACGUCUCGCCGAAUUCAAUCGACUCUUCGACCCCGUUCAGGAUUGUCAUACCGACGGAACCGCCCAAUUCGGGCGUCGUGGAGAUCACACCGAACUCUUUCCUGGGGUCCCCUUACGAGGAGGUGAAGAUAGCGCCGCUGCGGAACGUCACCUACUUGGCUGGCAACCACCUGCAAUCGACAGUCUCCGCGAAAACUUACUACAGCGAUGGUACUUUUUCAACAACCAUCGCUCCGUUGUAUUCACCGUCGGAUUUCGGUGGUUCCCAGGAGGUGGACCACAAUUCGUUGGAGUAUAAUCCUUACGUGCGUCACGUGCAGAAUAAUUAUAGGUUCCAGAACGGUCCUACUUAUCCUUUGGAUAAGAACGGUCGUCCUUACAUUGGGCAGGUGCCUAAGGCUAAAACGUACGAUGGGGUAUCGGUUACUAACGAUGGGUUUAGGUACUAUAUUCCUAGGGCUUACCACGAGGAGCAAACUUUACCGGGUGAUAAGAGGUCUGGUAGUUUCGGAUACAUCGACCCGUUCGGAAUUAGAAGAGUUAUUUAUUACAAUGCUUCGCCUGGAACUGGAUUCCAACAUAGAAAGAAUAAUAGAUAUGUAGGAUUUAAUGCACCGCCGUAUGACCCGAGGCCAUAUUAAAGAAGAUUGCCUAAAGCAGUGACAAAUUCAGAGAGCGCAUUUGACUUAAAAUUAUAGUGAUGGAAAAUAAUUAGAAAUCUCUAGUCAUGUUUGUUACAUCAAAAGUUGAACGAGUGAAGAAAAAUUCAUGGAUUCGUCAUUGCUUCGAAAUGUUUUGAUCUUGCCAACAGAAGUGCCAAAAGUUUCGAAAGAAACUAGAAGUUAUUACACCGAACGAACGUUGAAAAGAAAUUUUGAUUUAAUAGGGCUUUAAUUCGUUAAUUUUAAAACUGCCAUACUUAGCUUUACACAUUGCAUUAAAUAUUAUUUGUUACAUUAUUCCUUUGUCUGAUCGCUUUUUUAUUUAUAAAUAAAUAUUUGGAAUUAUUUUUAUGAAAGCAGAGAUUCAAAUUUUGCUGCGUGUACCUAAUGUUGUAAUCAAAAAAUGUGAUGUAACAAAACUAAUUUAUUUUAGAUUAAUUUUAGGUAGAUAGUUAAGUCUCAUUUUUUAAUUUUACUGCAUAGCUGUGUAGGUGCCAUUAAUUUAAUUUUUUUUUGGUCCUGUGAAUCAAAGUUUUUGUAAAAGAGUAUUAACUCGUUUAUGUAUAACAGUCGCUUAGGUAAGGAGAAAAAUAAUUUGAAUUCAAAAUUUACAGUUAGAAUUUUGUAUGAAAUAAAUAAAAAAAUUAGAUAUUUGAUAUGUUUGCUUAUAAUUUACUGAAUAAAACUAAGCUGCUAUUAUAUUUACUAAAAGGCUCUAGUUCCAGGACCUACGCCCAUUUAUAAAUGUAAGAAUAUUCAAUAAAAAGUUACUUAAAACAGUAGAUAUGUUUAAUUUACUAAAAAGGUUAUUGUUGGCCAAUAAUUAAUUGUUAUGUAAAAAAAUCUAAAAAAGUUAAAAAAUAAAUAAAUUC